AUGGGAAUAGACACGAUAGCUACCACAUCAACAGACAAUAUGAAUACACAAACAAUUUUCGUUUCCGGUGCAACUGGAUUUAUCGCACAACAUUUAAUCCUUCAAUUACUUGCAAAAGGUUAUAAGGUUGUUGGUUCAGUUAGAUCUAUUGCCAAGGGUGAGAACUUGCAACAGAAUAUGAAUUCCAAGAAUUUUAACUACGAGAUCGUGGAAGAUCUUCAAAAAGAAGGUGCGUUUGAAACUGCUUUAUUAAAGCAUCCAGAUGUAACGGUUUUCAUCCAUACAGCUUCUCCAGUUACAUUUGACUCAGAUGAUGUGGAGAAGGACUUGUUGUUUCCUGCCAUUAACGGUACCAAGAACGUCCUUGCCGCCAUUAAAAAUGUAUCCCCUCAGAUUACUAGGGUGGUCAUCACUUCUUCAAUCGCGGCAAUUAUGAAUCCUGAUCAUGAUCCAACCAUUAUGGUUGAUGAAUCUACUUGGAAUCCAACUACUUGGGAACUUGCCAAGAUUAAUGGAUGUUUUGGAUAUUUUGCAUCCAAAAAAUUUGCUGAAAGAGCUGCUUGGGAAUUUCUUGAAAGUGAACGGCCAAACUUUACCCUUACAACCAUUAAUCCAGCAUUUGUAUUCGGACCACAGGCGUUUGAUUCAGAAGUUACCUCGAAAUUGAAUCUUUCCAAUGCAAUUAUUAGUGACUUGUUGAAGAUAAAACCGGGUGAGCCGGUUCCAGAUAAACUGGACCCUUCUAUUGAUGUUAGAGAUGUCGCCACCGCUCAUAUUAUUGCGAUUGAAAAAAUUGAAGCCAUUGGUAAGAGAAUUAUUUUAAAGAAUGAAGAUUAUUCUAAUCAAUUAAUUUUGGAUGCAAUCAAUAAAGGAGUUCCAGAAUUGAGAGGGAAGAUAGCAAUUGGCACUCCUGGUACCAAAAAGCCUUUAAAUUUUUUCAAUGACCAAAAGUCAAGACAAUUGCUUGGUUUGAAUUACACAAGCCUUGAAACAAGUGUCAUUGAAACUGUCAGACAAUUCAUUAAAUACCAAAAGUAA